AUGUCACUGCCAGUGGCUAGGCGUAAGCGUGCGAGGAAGGCAUGUAUCCCUUGCCACCAGCGGAAGCGGAAAUGCGACGGCGAGUACCCUUGUGAUACCUGUACUACCUAUGAAUACAAUUGCAGUUACGCUGCCGCCGACGGCGACAUCGGUGGCACCGUGAGCGGCAGCAUAUAUGCUCCUCCCCCAGCGAAGCGUGUCAACUUUGAGGGUGGAGGCGGUAUGGCAAGCCGAGGUGGCGCCACAUCACGGAGUUCCGGCAGCCCGUCUCAAACAGACCGGAGCCCCCGCGAAGCCGACGGCUCAUCGACCAAGAGCCCCACUCUUGCGACCGGCGCUAACACGACGCCUGCCGGCAUCUUCGACCAGCACAAGUCCAGGUACGCCGGAGCAUCAGCGGCCAUGGCAUUCCCCCACGUCUUGGGUGAGGUUCUGGGCUCCGACAGCCCUUCCAAGAUACAUUCGCUCGCCUACAACUUUGGCAUCCGCCCUGACGAGGCGUCUAGCUCUCAUGUCUUGCUAGGCACGCUCAUCUCUGAGGCCGAGCUUGAAUUCUUCUCGGGUGUGUACUUCUCUGCACUAGCACCCAUUGGAGACCUCCUCGAUCAGAGAAUUUACACUCAACGAUGUCGAGAAUAUUACCAUGGCUCCGCCAGCACCCUGAUUGCCUUUGGCGCCGUGGCCGCUGGCGUAGCCGCUCUCGGAUCGUUUCUAUCUCCCAAUAGACAUCCGCGGGAACCUGAUCUGGUGCAGUAUGCCAAAGCCAUUCUAGAUGAUCCGGCUUCCAUGCACAUGCUCGGCAUCGACCACAUUGUUGCGUGGGCCAUGCGAGUGCUCUACCUUCGAGGCACAAGCCGCCCCAACAAUGCCUGGAUCGCGUCAUGCACUGCGAUGCAUUUGUGCGAAGCAGUAGGGCUGCACGAAGAAGAUAACAUCAAGAAGAUGGCGUCCGUUCCCAGUGCCAUUCUCAUCGGACAUGAUGCAGAUCGACUGAGGCGAAUAUUCUGGAUCUCGUGGGCCGGCCACCACUUGCUAUCCUACGAAUACGAUCGUUCGGCUGUAAGGUUUCGGACCGUGACUUGCCAGGCUAUCAUCCCAACAUCGGGCUCCGUUGCCCACCAGUUCGUGCAAAUAGCCCAGAUCAUCCCAACGCCCAAUUCCCCCUUCCAACUCGAAUGCCAGCCUCCAACUCCUCGAGACGAGCUGUGUGAGCGUAUUAAAGCAUUGGAUACGUUCCAAUUCACCCAUCCGUUUCUUGUGGUGACUAAGGCGGAGCUCGCGUUUUGCUUCUAUCGACGCAUUUAUCAGCUCAAAUUGGGUAUCUCGGACGACAUCAUUCAGAUAGUUAUCGAGAAUGGCAACGCCGCAGUGGAGGCGGCCCAACAGCUUGCCAACCAGGGACAUCUGUUCUGGAACGUCAUCGGAAGCGUCUUCCAGUAUACCUGUGUGCUGUUAGCUAUCGAUAAACCUGCCGCCACGAUUCAUAUUGGUGCUGCCUUCAAAGGCUUGGAGAAUCUUGUAAAGGCUGCCGAUACACGACUAACGCGUGACGCAUUGGCUAUGGCGAGACAGCUCCUGAACCUCUAUACAACAAAAAAGCGAAAGGAGCUUGCCCAACUGGAAGCUGUCGAAGCGGACUACCAAUUCUUCCAAUUGCAGCCGGACUCGGAGGGCAAUACCUCUGUACCAGAAAUGGCAUGGGAUAUAGACUGGGAGCAGUUCUUCAUCGAACCAUAUCUGUCCAUGUUUGGUCCCGAUGUAUAG